GCGAGGGGCGGAGCCUCGCGGAUCGGCGCCGGACACGUGAAGAACCACUUUAAAGGCGCCCGCCGUUGGGUACCUGUCUGGCCGGCGCGCGGAGGCGAGGAAACCCGGGUGCGGCAUCUCUGGCUGUCAGCUCCGCGGGAGGUCCGCCAGAAGCUCCAUGUGUCCCACAAGUGCGGCCCCGUCACGCGGCAUCGUCUUCGCGCUGAUCAUGUUCGCGGCCACGUCUUUAGCAGUCGACUACUGUUACGACCAAUAUUACUGCAGCCCCUAUUCGUGGGGAGACGCGUAUCCCUCCUGCCACCCGAUCGUGGGCGCGCAUCACUCCCCCAUAAACCUGGAUGGAAACAUGGCGAGGAACGAUUCGCUGGGGGGGGUUCAUCUCGAAGGCUUCCAGGGGGUCCACGCGGGAGAGUGGCGCCUCAAGAACAACGGCCAUUCGGUGGUGCUGGAGCUGGGAGGCGGGAUGGCAGUGAUGGGGGGAGGACUUCCCGGCACGUAUCAGACCCUGCAGCUGCACUUCCACUGGGGCAGCUCGACCACGAAUGGAUCGGAACACACCCUGGACAGUCGGCGAUAUCCCAUGGAGAUGCACAUUGUCAGCAGGAAAUCCAUUCACCACAACCUGACAUCAGCCCUGCAUGACCCCAGUGGUCUAGCAGUGCUUGGUGUCUUCAUCGAUGUUACAGGUUUGGACAAUGACAAUUUCACAGUAAUCUCCAGUCUUAUUCCUUCCAUAGCCUACAAAGGGAAAACCGUGACGGUGAAACCAUUUCCACUGUUGAACCUCCUGCCGGCACAGAAUUUGUCCCAGUUUUAUCGGUACCACGGAAGCCUGACCACCCCUCCAUGCUCUCAGGCUGUGAUGUGGACCGUGUUUGAGGUCCCCAUCUAUGUGUCCCAGCAACAGAUCAACGCCUUCACCUCAGGGAUCUACCAGUCUGAGGAAGGAGCCAACAAAACCCUGCUGCAGAGAAACUUCAGGCACAUCCACGAGACCUUCAGCCGCGAAGUGCUCGCGUCGCGGGAUGCCACGCUGAUCCCCGUGUCGGCGGUGGCCUCGGCCCGCUCCGCCCUCGCCCUUGUGCUCUUCGCCCUGCUCCUUCUACCUACUUGGCUUCCCUGAUGUUCUCAAGCUUGGUGCUGAACAGGCUCCAGUGGCUUAUGGGUCUGGACUGUGUGUGAAGCUGUGGACUUCAGAGCGCUACUGUAAUGUUCUCUUCAUUAGUAUUCAAUCCCCUGAAAUAUUCCUGCACUUUGGACCUAUGAGUGUUUAUUGUAGAUCUGAUUGUAGAUCAGUUUCCUAGGUCUGCUCUUUAUGGUACCGUCGA